GGGAAACAAAACAACAUGGCGUCUGAAGUGAAAGGUUACAAUCAAUUUCUUCCGUAAAACUUCCUUUUUCAUCUCAGAUUUCAUCUCUUGCUCUCGGCGAAUAGAAUGUUUGUAACGUCUUCUCAGAAGUAUAUCAUGAGUGGUAAGAUCAAUGUUCUGAAGUUUCUAAAACGUCGCAUGAAAUUGGAAUCUUGGAUAUUACACCACGAAUAAGCGUUGUUGCUCAAACUUGUAUUGACUUUGUAUUUUACCUUUGUCAUUGUGUGAAACAAGGAGGCCAGCAGCAGAAUACAGAAACUGAGAGACAGCAUCUGCUUGACAGAUUACUUGAUGCCGUAAAACAGGUAAAAAUCGGAUACUUGCUCUGGAAAUACUGGUGAUUUGUAUCAAUGUGACGUGACUAGACAAAUAAUUCAGCAGACGUUCUAGAAUAUGAUAGUUUGCUCACCAUUUGUUAAACAUUAGCUUUUUAAUUACUUUAGUCUUGAAAUCUAUCUUGAAAAAUGGGUGGUUGUCAAAGAGAGGAAAAUGAAAAUGAAAAAUUUUCAAUUUUGCCCUUGGUUUAAAUGAAAUUCAUUUUUAAUUUUUCUAUUUGAAAUGUAGAUAUUUGCGAAAUUAAUUUUCUCUAUUGCUCAGCUUGCAUUUGUACAAGACUUUUGUUCCAUUUUGUAUCUUAUGGAUUAAGUUACUAGUAUUUUAGUUUCCUCAAUAAGCAGUCAUGCUGAAGUACAGUGUAUUUAUGACACUUCAACAUGGUUCCUAUCUCAUCUUGAUUAUAUUGAAUGUGACCUUGUAUAUUAAAGAUUCACAGACAAAAUUGGUCAAGUUAUGGCCAGGGGUGGUGGGGGGAGGAGGUAAUAAAAGCAAGGAGAAUUUGCUUAACAUUCCCAAGAAUCUUUUAAUCAGUGAUCAUUUCCUAUAUUCUCAUGACCUUGAAGUCUGAUUCAGCAGUGAUGAUAUAAGGAGAAAUAUGAUCUUGGUCACUUACAGUGGUCAAAGGAUUGAAAAACAUUCUUACAUUGAAUUUAUUUUUAUGAAUUAUCAUUACUUUGUAAAAGCAGUUUUCAAGUGAAGACAUUUGUAUUAUUUUUUCACUGGUAGUGCCAAGUUAGAUUUGGAGGAAAAACAGAACUUGCCACGGAUGGAGACAGCAGGUAAUGAAAUUAGAUGCAUAUCUGCACGUGCUCAUGACAGGCAGUUGCAACAGCAUAAUCCAGGCACAGUCCUUAUACAGUUUUCCAUCUUGUUUUGCAUGAAACUUUCCUAUACAUUUGAGACUUGGGAAAUAAAAGGCAAUAGAAAAGCAUUUUCAAAGCUUGUGAAAAAAUUGUGCUCAUUCCACACAAUAUUUUUACACACUUUUCAACUAUUUCUAGAAGCCUCCAUGUGAAAAACUUGGACUAUUGCAUGAACUUUAGAGCUUCAUUGGAAAAUUGUGACUCAAUAUUAAUGAAUGACCCUGAAUUUUAUGGAGCACAUGUCAGUGAGAAUUAACAUGAUGUUGAUCUUAUGUUGAUCAUUUGCUGACUAGCAGAUUAACACAGAAAUCAGCAUAAUGACAUCAGUGAUAUAAUUAUUUUUUAUUCUAUGUAUAGAGUUGAACUUGUAUGAAGAAGCAUGAUAUUAAGAAGUUUCCCUGUAUUAAGCAGUCAGCUUUCAAAGUCCUGCAAUAUUUUCCCCUUAAUUACUGUAAUUUUCACCUGUAUUAAGUGGUCACCUCUAUAAAGCAGUCUAGUUCACCUUAUCUAAGUCCCAAUGGCCUUUUGUAUUUCCUUCAAACUGGUUUUUUAAGGUUCGUUUGAAAUGGAAUAAGAAUAAUCUUUCAAAUGAAAUUAAAUCCAAUUGUUUGUCUCCCAAAAUCAAUGUAGGCAUUGUUUUUGAACAAGUUAUUAUAAAUUAGGUGGUCAUUUAUGACAAAACAUGGCAUUUUUUUUCUAAUACUCCUCUUCUGAGGAACCUGUAUCAAGCAGUCAAACUGUAUUAAGCACUCACCCCAUCAUUCCUUGGGGGUGACCACUUAAUACAUGUUCAACUGACUGUAUAUAAGAACCCAUGCGAAAAGAUAAUACAUUGUGCCUGAGUGAAAAGGUAAUUAACAUGUUAGUGCUGUAUCUAUGGAAAUCUUUUUUUACCCUGAACUUUAUAGCUGCAGAGUAAAACAGGUUAAGCUGAAAAAUAAUCUAUCAAAUGAGAUGUGUAUAUCAUGAUUUAAGGAUGCAAGAACUUACCUUGUGACUGGUUAUGAAUUUUUCAGGGUUGUUUGCCUGCUAACUCAGUUGGAAGCAGUUUUCCAACAUGGCUUUAAAAAAUCCAGAGUUAGUGCAUUUAGGUAAAUAUUUUUCAUCGAUGUUCAUGAGUGUUUGUGAAUUACUCUUAAGAAGUAAAAAAUUACAAUACAGUGUUAUAUGUAAAGCACUUCUCCUGGUGGUGUUCAUGAAAUUCAAGCAUUUUUAUUUUCACUUCACAUAGGCAAGUUGGCCAAGCAGCAGGAAUAGUAAAGUUAGACCCAGAUUCAGGUACCAACAGAGCUCCAAGCUCAGUGUUUUCCAAAAUCACUGUUUCAACACAAUUCACCAUGUGCUUGACUUUUGCAGAUAAAGCAGUUGUCAAUUGAGAAAUUGUUCUAAUUGCUAUCUUGGUGAGCAACAUAGUAACAGCUUAGUGCACUGAUCGGAUGUCAGUGGUUACAAUAAAUCACUAAUUUACCACCAGAUUGUAAACCCUACAUUGAACAAUUUUCCUGAUUAUUUGAUUUGUGUUGGUAGUUCUCUUAACCUUUUUUACCUGAAAUCUUUCCAAUUUUUCUUUGUUGCUCCUUUUACAUGUUUAAAACAACCUAUAAUUUAUUUCUUAUUAAUGAAUAGCUUUUCUCUCUCCAGCCUUUUGGAGCUUUGUGAAAGCUCACUUGGGAAAACUUGACCUGGAUAGAUUUCUUGAGCUUCAGAAAGCAACAACAGAUGCAGGACGAGGUUGGUUUAAAUUUGAUUCCACCUUUAAGCCAGAAAGGAAACUUUGAUUUCCAUUGCUCUGCAAAUUUAAUUUACAUGGCUCAGGAGAAAGAUAAUCAGGAUUUUUCUAGUUGGGGGUAACAUUAACUCCAUUUGACUGAGUGGUUAGAUUGUGCUGGUGAUAGUAAUUUCCAUCAAUCAGCUUAGUGUGCCACUUUUUCAUUCUUCCCACAUUUUGACAUCAUCUUUGAUCUAUAACUUAACAAACACACAGCAACAUGCAAUCUAUUUGUGAUACAUUUUUGUCAGAGAUAUUCUGCUCUUUUGCAAGGUCGUGCUUGGUUGAGGGCCUCAUUGAAUGAACACUCACUGGAACGAUAUUUUCACAACAUACUGCAUAAUCAAGCUCUUUUAAGGUAAGCUGAACAGCCUUGGACAUUUGUGAGCCUUAUUCUAGUAAACCAUUUUAGUCUUCAACAUUGCAUGUGGUUAGGAGAUUAACUCAAAUUCAUGUUGGAUUCUUGGAAUUCCUCAGUCAAUUUUAUGAGAAGGAAGCUUUCUUUAUGGAUCAAGAACGUGCCAGUAUGCUUCCCAUGAUUGCUGCAGGUGAGUCUGUUGUAACUGGGGAGGGGAGGUUAAUGGUCAGUUAACUGGUUUACCAGACUCAGGUUGGAAUGGGCCAGGUUUGUGCACUUGGCCAAGUCAAUGUGCAAUGUGUUUUGUUCUCAAAGAACCUCAAUCCAUCCAGGGUCUAAAUGAAUGACUGCAAACAAAGAGACUUGGUAAAUUGCUUGGGUUGCUAUCCACCAAUUCCUUCCAAGAAAGGUUAUAAAUACCCCUCCCCCCCUGUAUUUUUCAUACUAAUAAAACUGCUCUGGCAGUAAGUGGCCAAUAGGAUUUGCUGUCUUAUGAAUUGUUCAUUGUCAUUCUGAUAUCAUUUUUAUUGAUGUUGUAUCUUGGCAGGGUUGAGUUCCAUUCUGUUUGCCCUUACUGUUGAUAGUGAGGAACUAAACAUUGUAAAACAGGCAAGUACUACAGCCACAGUAUUGCAGAAAAUAAAUUUUGUUGGAUAUGUUAAUCAUGAGACUGUAUUUUUGUUACCUAUGAACAAAACUAUAGCAAACUUAAUCCAUCAAUGUUCUCAUUUCCUCCAGGCCCCAGCAUUAACAAUCAACAAAGAUGUCUUCAAUAAUAUUUUACCAUCUUUCCCACAAAAGCCUGUUGUGGAACCUCUCCCAGUGUACUCUGCUGAACUCACUGGUCAGUAUCUGUCUGUUGUGUUAAACUGAACUUUGGGUCUUUGAAACAAUCUUUAAACAAACUCUGACAUGAAGAAGAUCAAUAUCAAACUGUUUUUAAGGAGACUGUAGAAAUAGGCCUAACAAUCUCCAGUAAAACAAGUAUUCCUGUAAUAAUAAACAUCAACCUGUUACCUGGGAGAGUUAACAUGUAGAAAUCAUGAACAAAAAUCCCAGAUUAAGCAAUUUCCUGUUCCUCUUUAUUCCAGUGCUGAGUUACUGACUUGUAUCAGUUCUUCAUUGUAGAGAAAUCAUUUUUGAUUGAUUGAUCAAUGGAGAUAUUGGUUAAUUGAUAGAUUGGUUAAGCUAUUGAGUGAGUGAUUGGUUGAUAGAGUGACUGACUGAUUCACCCAUUGACUCACCAACUCUUCAGCUCACCGACCUACUAAUUGACUAAUUGACUGACUGACUCACUGACUGACUCACUGACCAACUGAUUGACUAAUUGACUCACUCACUGACUGAUUGACAAACUGACUGACUCACUGAUUGACUCAUUGUUUGACUUAGUGACUGAUUGACCAACUGACUAACUGAUUAACUCACUGACUGACUCACUGGCUGAUUGACUUACUAGCUGAGCAAUUGACUGAACAACUGACUGACUGAGUGGUCCACUAAAUGACUGAUUGAUUGACUGACUGAUUGACAGAAUGACUGUAUGACUGACUGACUGACUAACUGACUGACUGACUCACUGAUUGACUGACGGACUUACUAACUGACUGACUGACUGACUGACUCACCUACUCACUCACUGGUAGAUUGACUCACUGACUGACUGACGCACUAACUGACUGACUCACUGACUCACUGACUCACCUACUCAAUCACUGAAUCACUGAUUGAUUGACUGAGUGACUGACUAACUGACCGACUGACUGACUGAUGGACUGAUUGACAGACCUGCUGACUGGCUGACUGACUGACUCACCUACCCACUCACUGAGUCACUGAUGGAUGAACUCACUGACUGACCAAUUGACUGACCUACUAACUGACCAACAAAUGGCCGAUUAAUCUACUGACUGAUCGACUUCGAUUCAACAGAUGAAUCUAAAACAGAAAAAAAGAAAAAGAAGAAGAAGAAGAAACGAAAUGCUGCUAUUGUUGCCAUCGAAGAUGAUGACAAUCUUCCACUGAACAGUGCAACAGAUGGAAAAGAUUUACCUCCUAAUGUCUCAACAGUGAAGCAGGAAACACCUACUUCAAAUUCUGCCUCGAAGACUUCGAGUUUAGGCCACACCCGUGCUUCGUCCUUUCCAGGUAACUUCCCGCUGGUGAUUGAAGGUUCAGCUGAGGUGAAAUCGCGUGUAAAUGAACAAGCAUUUACCGAUAUAACAAAAUCCAUCUCUUUGCCUGACAACUCUUUGCCCGUAGAAAACGUUGUCGAGAUUGCUCCGCAAGGGAGUAAAAACAACAGCUUCGAUUUGGAAGAGGUUCCAGGAAAGAUGACAGCGGAAUCUGAGUAUGUCUCUAACCGGGAAGGUGUACAGGAAUCCCCUGUAGGAGAGGAUACGGAAAAUUUUGUUUUGGAAACUGUCGAUUUUUUGCGUGCGCAACCCAGGAUGGACGAAGCAAAAACAAACUCACAGGAGGUAAAAUAUGAAACGGAACAUCACAACGAGAAACAGAUAUCCACAGACAUACCAACUGUCGAUGGGGAAAGUUGUGAACCUGUGCUUCUGCCUCAAGAUGAUUUCAAACUAAGUGAAAACGAUUUGUAUUCUUUCGAGAGUAAACGUUUCAGUGAUGGUUCUUCGACUGUGAAAGCAAGUUAUUAUUCUAAAGAAAAAGAUGAUUUGAGUCAAGGACUUACGAGUGAAGAUUCAUUUCGUGUUUAUAGUUUAACAGAGGACGACAGUGAGACUGACGCAAACUUUUCAAUGGCGCAGUUUCAAGUUCCUAAAGUAGUUGAGAUAAAUAUUAAGGAAGGAGAGGCCGUUGCUACUGAACCAGUUGUUGAUGCGCUAAAGAGUUCUACCCCUGUAAACCUGAUCGAGAGAGAGGACAUGAAAAAUGGUUCCUUUGUUGCAAAGGAACACCUAGAUACAAGACACAGUCCAAGUGGGAUAGCAGUAAAACAAGAAAGAAUGAAUGGUCAAGAAAAUUUGGAUAAUGAAGAGUUUAGAAAUGAUUCGAACGAUUAUGACGAAGUUACAACUGGUGCUGAAUUGCAGCCUGGUACAUUUGAACCCGUGGUGUUGUUGGACAGCGGAGAAUCCCUAGUUCCCCUGACCGAGGGUGACCUUAAUACAGCGAAAACUGGGACACAGUCCACAUUUUAUUGUGCGCCUGAUGCUUCAAUGGAAAACGACCGCGAUUCUACCUCAUUGUCAAGGUUAGUAAAAGGAGAAAUUGUUUUCCCUGGAAUUUUUAAAUUGGAAAGUAAUAAGCGGGACAAGAUGAAAUCUGCGAAAUUAGGAAACGGUGACAGGUAAGGGUCCUGGAAAACUUGGAAAGUCGUGGAAUUUUAUUUGAAAUUUUCCAGGACUGGAAAGUCCUGGAAAAAGACAAAAGGUCCUGGAAAUAUGCUUAACUCAAGCAAUAAAGUUUUCAGAAUUUACGUUAUGGGAAAUGUAUGUAGACCGCAAGGAGAGCUGAUCUUGAAAUCUUGGGAAUGGAAGGGUUUAAGGCAAAAUUUGGUGUCGUGGAAAAAUCAAUCUGAGUCUUGGAAAAGUCCUUGAAAUGUUUUUCUGAAAAAGGGUUCGAACCCAUAGAAGGGAGUGAACGCCCUCUAUUUUUCUUCUCUUUUUGUUUUUUUACGUCUUGUUGUUGGUGAAGAAAAACUGAUCUUGUUCUCUAGUUCACAACUAGGGUUUAUAACAAGCAACACCCAAAUACUCUCACAGACAUCAUAAGGAAUAAUGUAGGAACGAUUGACUGAAGAUUCAUAAACUGUAAACGAACCAAACAUUUUCUUUCAACCCUAAGCUGUACUAAAUCACCAAUUUUAGCGAUUUUCGAUUGAAUAUCGUAAAACCAAAACCAAAUUUAUCACAACGACCAAUCGGAAGAAAGGAAAAUACUUUUAAGAGCCAAUGGGAACUCAAAGUAACAAAAAAACAAAAAACAGCCUAAAGCGCGGGAAAGCGCAGAGAAACGCGGGUGACCAAGUCGUGAUUGGUUUUAUUUUUGCAUCUGAUUGGUUGAGAAAGUGGCACGAGUUUUCAGGACCAAUUAUCAGAGCGAAGUAAGGAAUUAAAGCAAAACUGAUCCCAUCCCGGAUUAUUUUCGAAACUCAAUUCAAACUGAUCAAUUACCAUAAAAGGUACGACGUUCUCAUAAGGACUUAUUUUCCCGGGACAAUUCCCAUACUGCUAAAUGGAAAUUUCCAGCAGAAUUAUGCGAAUAAAAUUAAUUCUCCAUCACAAUUUCCUUCCCAACCCUAUCAGCUGGUCCAACUUGGAGGACGCCGAAGAAUUCCCUGAACUAAAGGAUGAUUCCCCUCACAAUGACAAUAGACGAGCGCGUUCCAUGACGUCACCGGAUGUUUCUGCAGCUACCGCUGCCCUUGCAGCUUGUACCGAUGCUCAGAGAGGAAUGGACAUUAUGACGCGGUAAAUUCUCUUUAACCCGUUAAACCCUGCGAGUGACCAGCAUCUAAUUUCUCCUAACAAUAUCAACCUUAAAUUACACAUUAUGGUCACGAGAAUAAAGGAAAUGAUUACCAAAUGAAGAAGCUUUGUUUUUUAAAAAAAAAUCUCCCUUUAAACACCAAAGGAAAUGUAUGUAACAUUUCUCUAGCAUUCACAGUAAGAUGCAAAUUUCCCCUCGCUUAACGUAGAUUCCAUGUUUUCCCGCGCCUAGCGCUGGCUUCUUAGUUUUGACUUUCAAAUAUUUUCUGGCCCAUGAGAUGUUUGUAAUUUUUUCAGGGGAUUUGCAUCUAUGGAAAAUCAAGCUGGGCACGUAAGUUAUUUUGUUUUUAUUUGUCUGAUUAUUUUUUACUUAAAUUUUUGAGUAUUUUAAAGUACCAUGUAAAAAGUGUAAAUGUUUUCUUUCAGAGAGACUUCUCUAGCAGACAAGAUGGAAUGAGCAAAGGUAACUAAAAAACUAGUAUAAUUUGGUUUUAUCAACUGAGUUUUUAAAUUAAAUUGGCCACCGUAAAGAGUUUCUAUUAGCUGACGUUUCGAGCGUUAUGCCCUUCGUCAGAGCGAAUAGAGGAAUUGUGGGUUGUGUGUGGGUCAUGUGCAGAAAGAUGGAGCUACGCGAUUGGUGAACAUGGUAACGUUUUAAUCCCCGCGCCCGCGCGUUGGUGAAAAUAUAUGAUGGGUUUGGUUACGUUGAUUCGCGUCUUCAAUUGAGUUCAGCAUCCAAUGUCUUAAUUUUGGGUUGAUUCUUGCAUCUUCAACAGGUGAACUAAAGCAGGCGAUUGUGUCCAUGAUGUUGAGAAAAGAUGAAAUGGAAGAAAAUAACAGGUAAGUUAACUUGUCAGAGUGGUUUGUUACUUCUAAAGUGCACUCCUACUGAAUGCCGGGAAACCAAAACCUAAGUAAUCACGACGACCAAGACGACGACCAAACAAAAUGAGGAGAUGAGUGAGGGGAAUGAGAAUUACAAGCAUCCGGCCUGAAGGGCGGGAAAACGUGCGCAAUUAACAAGAAACAUGAUUGGUUUUGGUUUUUGCAUCUGAUUGGUUGAAAAGGUGGACCCUGUUUUUAGCCAAUCAUAGGGCGAAGAGUAGCAAAACCAAUGCAAUCACAGACAACUUUAGAGCUCAUUUUAAUGUUUCUGAGGAAUAUUAUUGAAGUUCCUUGUCGCGUUUACUAUCCCUUAUCUUUCAAAUUGCUACGUAAUUUUUUGGUGUGCUUGAAUCACAAAAAAUCUUCUGCAUAGAUUCUGCUUGAAGAAUGAUAACUUCACCAUAUACUUUGUCUUUUAUUAGUAAUGAAUUCAAAAUCGCUUUCAGCGGCCGAAGCUUCCAGAAACACCAUGAUAGUUUUUGUAAGUCAGUAACAAUUUCUAUCAAAAAAUACCAAAGAACUUUUUCACAAAUUUUUCCCUUAUUUAUAACUUGACUAAUAAGCUUAUCUUUCCUCCUGACCCCGGUUGUUCAAAGGUUGGAUAACGUUAUCCACAGGAUAAAUCUCUAUCAGGCCCCCCGGUUGUUCGAAGGUUGGAAAGCGCUAUCCACUGGAUAAAACUCUAUCCGGUGGAUAACGCUGUAUGUUUUGCUAUCACUUAUCUGCUGGAUAGCGAUUUAUCCAUCGGAUAGCGAAUUAUCCAUUGGAUAGCGUUAUCCGACCUUUAUACAACUGGACCCUGCUGGUGAAUAGUGCAGUACGUUUUGCUAUCUAUCACUUAUCCGCUGGAUAGAAAUUUAUCCGUUUGAAAAGCGUUUUCUUCCGCUCAUACAACUGGCUCCUGGUGAAUAUGGUGACGUGGUUUUGCUUCUCCGAAAGUUUAAUAUAGCCUUCAGAGGAUUUUCCCCGUGAACUUGUGCAAGGCACGUCUAUGUGAAAAUUUGAGGAGAGGUAGUUGUCCUUGUCGUUGUAAAACAAUUUCGCUUAUUCAUUGUUUUAGGACCCUUCAAAAUAAACUUGCGGAAGAGCGCCAGAAAUCACUUCACCUUCAUACAGAGACUGAGGACCUCAAGGAGGAAAUAAAAAGACAAGAGAACUUGAACGCAGCUAAAAUACGGUCUUUAUCCAGGUACACUCAACAUAAACUGAGUAUCGAACACUUUUUAUCUUUAUACAAUGCACGGAAACUCCUAGCCGAUUCCGGGUAAUUUUCGGAAGGUUCUGUCUUGUUUUUAAAUAUUCCGCCUGAUUUUGGGUAUUUCCCCUCAUUUUUGGACUGUUCCAUCUAACUUCGGACACUAUCGUAAUUUCCGGACGGUUCUAUCUGGUUUCGGACAUUUCCGUCCAAUUACGAACCUCUGUCCGAUUUCGUUCACUUCUGGCCGAUUUGGCCACCUCCCUCCAUUUUCUUAAGGUUGUUGAUGAACUGAAGUGUUUUAUUACCUUAUUUGCAGAGAAAACGAGUUACUAAAGCAUCAGCUGAAGAAAUACGUCGGAGCUGUACAAGCGCUGAGAAGCGAUCUCCGCAACAAGUCAUCUGAAACAACCGAAGGUAACGCAUCAUCGGAAACGAUGCCUGUGACCUGUGCGCCAUAAACUUGCAGAAAAAUUGAGAUUUUUUUUAUCGAGAGGUCUGAUGGCGAAAGGAGAUCCUUAUGUUACAGGGUGUGACUUUCUCUAUACGUUCCUCCUUUCCCUCUUAUUUUGUACGUUUUUGUAUACAUUCGCGUUCGCAGUCUCCCAAGGGCCCUGAGACUCAAAAAUUAAACACGUGGUAAACUGUUGACGAAUGCGACCGCUCAAACUUAAACUUUUAUCAUUUUGGUUACCAUGGGAUUCAAAGUUUUCCAUUUGUGAACUAUUGUUGUGAAAGGCGUAUACGUCCUGAGAUUAAUAACUCCGUUUCCUUUGCUGUGACAGCGUUGUCUGGAAUUAGACAAGAUGACGUGUUACCUCCUAUGCCACCAGAAAGAUUCACAGAACACCUUCAACAAAGGUUUGUUUUUUUCUUCCUUGUGUGAGGUGCAUCUGUAUAUGGGGUUGAAACGAAACGAAGUAUGAAGAGAAUUGAGAAGAACUUAAAGUAAAUUCAUGUAAGCGGCAUCAAGUGCGGAAAACCUCAAUAACCAUAUAGCGACUGGUUUCAGUAAUGCAUCUGAUUGACUGGGAGAGUGGCGCGAGGUUUCUUGGCCAAUCGCAGGGCAGACUGUUAAGCAAAACCAGUGGAAUCCCGGGCCCCGUUAGACGCUGGAGAAAAAAGUUUACUGAUAUCCUGUUUAAAUUUUUAUUAGCGUCCUUUAUGUCUUGUUUGUUGUUUUGUAGUGAAGAGGCUGAGGAAUAUAAAAGGAAACUUAUUCAGGUGAGAAAACGCCAAGCGCGCGGCCAAGCUGUAAGUAAUUACAGUCGCGGCUUUAGUAGCUUGAAGAGAAGGUGUAAUCUCGUUUUUUUUUUUUCUUCGUGGAGAUUAUAGCUGCCGUGUUUGAUUUUUACUUAAGUGGAAGGUUGGGGAAAGAAAUUUGUGUCAGGGGGGUGAGCGACAGUCAAAAGGAGGGAGAGGGGUAGGGAUGGGGCGAUACAAUCCCAUGUUCUUAUUUUGUAGUCUCCUCCAAUUUGACAUUCGUACAGUUUUAUUCGGCGGAAAAGAAGAAGGAAAUUCUGUCUUGAGCUUCGGAAUUCAAGCUGUUACAGUAGCGGUAGCACGAGGUAUUUGUUUUCGGCUCCGAGUUCCAACCUUACUUGUUUCUAUUACAGGUCGCCGAUUUACAUGGAGAACUGCUAGAAUUUAACGAGCGACUUCAUAAGCAAGUGAACCGUUACCAGUAUCAAGUGAGGAGAUUACGAGAAGAGCUUGUGAACCUAAGAGGCCCGGUAAGGAGUUUAAGAACGGAGCUAGUUAGGUUAUGACGAGAAUGGUUACUUUAAAAGUCAGCGAACUGCCGAGAGACUGAAACACAUGAUUAUGUAUACAUCGCUACUUGGACUUGUUAACUAACCAAACGAGGUAGACAUGACGGCUAACGUACAAAAACCAAACUGGCAGCAGGGAAAUUGGACUGCAUCGGCUCUAUUCUCCUUGGGGAACUUAGUUUGGGAGUAGGCCCUCAUUCUUUAUUACCCUUGCAGGACGCGCAUUUCUCCACCUACUGGGAGCUAUGACACGAGUCGGGAAGAGGUUUGCUGGGGAUCUGGCACUAAUAAUUAUCAGUGCCAGACCCCUUACAGACCUCUCACCGGCUUGCGUUGUUCAAGACUUCAAAAUUUCCUGCGUGCGAGGAAACGCUCUACCUGAAGGACUAAUAAUGAGAGCCACCUCACAGGCUAGUUUCAACCAGUGCUACAAUGCGCAAGGAACAUCUUUAAAUAUGGCCUCUAAUUAAUUCGGCCGGGAAAAGGAAGAGGGAAGGAUAGAAUGUUUUGCACAGUCAUCCUCUCUUGAGUGUGUUUCUUGAGUAGUGUUUGUUCUUCAAAUGGUGACUAGGCCAACUAACGAGUCAAAAUAAAAGAAAUUGCUGCCUCUAGAGAAAUCAUUGUUUAAUCCUAGCGUUCAAACCGAAGCUUUUUUUUCCGUUUUUUCCAGCUUCCUGAAGAUCUGGAAACUCCUGACGACUCAUCGAACCUUUCAGAAUUUGACCCUACGGUGAUAUCAGUCGGUACCAGACCUUUAGUGAAUGUUUGGAUACCAUCUGUGUUUUUCAGAGGGGGGUCAUCGAAUGUCCACCACGUGUAUCAGGUAAGACGUUCGUUUACCCGACCGACUGACUAACUGACUGACUGACAGAUUGACGAGCUGACUGACUGACUUACUGACUAACUGACUGACCGACUGACUUUACUGACUGACUGACUUUACUGACUGACUAACUGACCAACUGACUGACAGAUUAACGAGCCGGCUGACUGACUAACUGAUCUACUGACUAAAAGAUUGAUGAGCUGACUGACUGACCUAGUGAUUGAAUGACUGACUGACUGAUUGACUGAUUGACUGAUUGACUGGCUGACUGACUUACUGACUUACUGACAAACUAACUGACUGACUGACUAAUCGAUGAGCUUACUGACUGACUUGCUGACUGACUGACUGACUGACUAACUGUCUGACUUACUGACUGACUGACUGAUUGACGGGCUGACGGACUGACUAAAUGACUGACUGAUUGACUGACCGACUCGCUGACUUACUGACUGACUGACCGACUCGCUGACUUACUGACUGACUGACCGACUCGCUGACUUACUGACUGACUGAUUGUCCAACUUCCCAGCUUUCCUUCUAAUAUGCUCACUGGCCAUAUGACAGACGAACGUAAUGAAGGACGAAGAGGGCGACGAACUGACGGACUAACUUACCUUUGAAAACACAGUCCCACCGACUGACCGACCAAUGGCCUAACUGGCGGACUAACUGACGGAUUUACAUACUGACUUACCUACCAAACGACAGAAUAACUGCAGGCUAAGAAACUGAUAAUAAUUUAGUCAUGUAAUUUCUCUAGUUUACCCGAUUCCUUUAUUUCAUCUUUCAGGUCUACGUGCGGAUAAAAGAUGACGAAUGGAACGUCUAUCGUAGAUAUUCACAAUUCUUUGUAUUGCAUAAAACGGUACGAAUUAAUCUUCUGUGUAAUUCCCCAGAAAAGUUGCUCAAGUGCCGAUUCAUUUAAGCAGCCUCUUGUACUCACGUGUAACAUGCCUUGUUCAAGAACAAAAUGUCGAGGCUCAAACCUGGACUGCAUAUGAGACGUGGCUUUCUGAAUAGUUUUAGGCUAAGCAAUCAGCUAUUUUAUCUCUAUGAAAUUCGGUGUGAUAAAUUAGGUUGCAUCUUCAAGGUGGGGGGGGGUGGGGUGGUGAGAGAGCUACCGUGUGAAUGACCUCCCUGUCUGGAAUGAGAACAAAUUGAUGGUACAUCUUAGUAUGCGGAUGUUUUCAAUUAACUACAUUUGAGGUAAUGAGAGUAAUUUUUGUCUUUCCUCGCUAAUUUGUUAUUUUACCUGUUUCUGCAGCUGCGUCGAAAAUUUCCUGUUGUGGACAGCUUCAAAUUUCCACCCAAGAAGACGAUAGGAAACAAGGUAAAUGUAACUGUAUUUAUCAUUUUGUAUCUGGUGAAUUCCACCUUUCUCCUUUUUUCACCAGCGACAAGAUUAUCUGCAACAGCCCUUUGAGUGCUGGAGCUCAAAAGGCUUAUAAAGGAACUAGACUAUUCAAUUUAACUAUCCAAACUAUAUUUCAGGCACGAAGUUAUUUUAUGUUACUUACGUACACAUCUACACGUGAACUAAACGCUACUGUCAAAGAAUGGAUCGCAGCACACAUGGAGCAAUUUUCAAUUGAAUGUUGGGAGUGAUUCGAGAUUGCAUUGGUCCAGAAAACUCGCGCCACUCUCUCAACCAAGCAGCUGCAAAGCGAAAACCAAUCACGACUAGUUCACCCGCGUUUUCCCGCGCUUUUGAGUUUGCUUGUUUUUACUUUGAGUUCUGAUUGGCUCUUCAGUAAAAUUUUCCUAUCUUCUGAUUGGCCUUUGUAAAUUCCUUGGUUUUAGUUUUUACGACACUCGAUGGAAAAGCGCUCUCUGGUAUUCAAACAUUUGUUUGAUUCUUUCUUUCAUAUAGGAUGCUCGGUUUGUGGAAGAUCGUAGAAGAAUGUUACAGGAUUAUGUCAGAAGAGUUGUGAAUUUGCACGUAACAACAAACCAGGAACUUCGUAGCGAAACCACGAAAAACAUCCUACAACAAAUUCUUCCUUUCUUUGCGUAAGUAGCAAACAACAACCUUGUACUCCUUCAUCAAGUUCCAAGGCUGGAAAGGAGUUGUGAACGAAUAAAUGCACUGUGUAGGUUUUUUGCCCCAUUUGUAAAUUGCCUUUGUCUUUUAAAGCCCUCGUAAAGUGUCUCCUCAAACAUGUGGUGCAGUUUUGUUGCAAUCAAAUUGUGGAAAAUUGAAAAAGCGGAGUAGCAAGGCGGUUUGACUAGACGUGCCAGGCCCCCAGCAAACCUCUUCCCGACUCGUCUCGAAUCUUCUCAUGGGUGGAAAACGCGUGUCCUGCAGUACUGUUUUAAUAAUAGUUUAAUGAUAUUAGUUUUAAAAUAACGAGGGCCUUCACGUAGGCAAGGUGAACUUUUUUCAAUUUUAUUUCAAUGAAGAAAUUUUCUCUUUAUUGACAGAGACCCUUUCCCACCAGAUAAAGCAAAGAAAGAGACUACAUCAGGGAGAAAACGUUCAGUAAAUUACAAUGGCUUAUGAGUACAAUUUCACCCAUCAUGAAGUUACAGUAAUGAUCAGCGGCGUAUUUCUCCCAACAUUACCAAAACAAAUAUACGAUUGCACUAAGGAGAGGUCAGAACAUGAUCAUCAAAUACAUCUUCAAGUUUAAAAGUAACAUUUUCUUACUCAUCAAAUCGAGAACCGAUUGAUUGUUUCUGUUUGACGAACACUUUUCAAGGUUUCAUGCAUACGAG